ACUCACUUCCUUUAUUAUCAUAUCUCUCUCUCUCUCCACACCCUUUGGUUCCUGACCUGUCCAUUUUCUUCUGCAACUUUUGUCACUUCCUCCAUUACCACCCUCUCUCCUUUGCCUUGUGGAGAAAACAGACACUACCCAUUCAAGUGUUUCAGAAACAAGUAAAGUAAAAAACAGCCUUUGGUUUAAACACAACAAGAAUUUGAGUUUAAAGAGAGACCAAAAAGAAAAGGACUUCAAUCCUCAACCUCAUUUUCAUCUUUGAAUUGAAAAUGGGGUGUUCAGUUCCUUCAUUACUUCUUCAUCUCUUCUCCCUCGUAAUGUUUUUGGUUUUCAACCCACCAUGUGUUUGUGGAAAUGUCGAAGAUGAUGAGCUUAAAUCACUGUUGGACUUGAAGGCUGCUUUGGAUCCGGACAACACCUAUCUCUCAUCUUGGACCAUGAAUGGCAACCCUUGUGGUGGUGGUUCCUUUGAAGGUGUUGCUUGCAAUGAUCAAGGUCAAGUUGCAAAUAUUUCUCUGCAAGGGAAAGGUCUCUCUGGGAAGCUUGCAUCUUCCAUUGCUGGACUUAAGCACCUUACAGGACUCUACUUGCAUUAUAACUCAUUAUCUGGCGACAUACCUAAGGAGAUUGCAAACUUGACUCAGCUCAGUGAUUUGUAUCUGAAUGUCAAUCAUCUUUCUGGGGAAAUCCCUUCUGAGAUCGGCAAGAUGGAGAACCUCCAAGUUUUGCAGCUUUGUUACAAUCAGUUGACAGGAAGCAUACCUACACAGCUUGGUGAUUUGAAAAAGCUUAGUGUUCUUGCUUUGCAAUCGAACGAGUUAACAGGUGCAAUCCCUGCUAGUCUAGGUGAUUUGGGAAUGUUGAUGAGACUAGAUUUGAGCUCUAAUAAGCUCUUUGGUUCCAUUCCCUCUAGACUAGCUGAUGUUACUUCACUGCAAGUUCUGGAUGUUCACAACAAUACGCUCUCUGGGAAUGUACCUCCUGCUCUUAAGAGACUGGAAUAUGGAUUUAUGUAUGAAUCAAAUGCGGGGUUAUGUGGAGUUGGGUUUUCAUCCUUGAGAGCUUGCAAUGAUUCGGAUCAUGUCAACCCCAAUAGACCUGAACCCUAUGGGGCAGGAGUUAAUGGUCUAUCUAGAGAUAUCCCAGAAACUGCAAAUGUAAAGUUGCCUUGCAAUGGAACUCGGUGCCAAAGUUCAUCAAAAUCCAAGCACACAUCUGUUACGGUUGGCAUAGUUCUGGUUAUGAUUGCAGUAUCAGCAAUUGGACUUCUGACCUUUACAUUGUACCGUCGACGGAAACAAAAGCUUGGAAAUGCUUUUGAUAUCUCCGAGAGCCGCCUAAGUACUGAUCAAACCAAGGGUAUAUAUAGGAAAAACGGUUCUCCUCUAGUGAGCCUUGAGUAUGCCAAUGGAUGGGACCCUUUAGCUGAUAGCAGGAAUUUCAAUGGAGAUAGCCAAGAUAUGUUCCAGAGUUUCAGGUUCAACUUGGAAGAAGUAGAGUCGGCGACUCAGUAUUUCUCAGAUAUGAAUUUAUUAGGUAAGAGCAACUUCAGUGCAACAUAUAAAGGAGUUUUGAGAGACGGGUCUGUUGUUGCUGUUAAGAGCAUCAGUAAAACUAGCUGCAAAUCAGAUGAAGCUGAAUUUUUGAAGGGCCUGAACACUUUGACCUCACUGAGGAAUGAGAAUUUAGUGAGGUUGAGAGGAUUUUGCUGUUCAAGGGGACGAGGUGAAUGCUUCCUUGUCUAUGAUUUUGUGCCUAAUGGAAAUCUGACGCGCUACCUAGAUGUGAAGGAGGGUAACGGAGAAAUCCUGGAAUGGUCAACUAGAGUUUCUAUUGUGAAAGGCAUUGCCAAAGGUAUAGCAUAUCUACAUGCAUACAAGGCAAACAAACCGGCUCUUGUUCACCAAAACAUCUCUGCGGAGAAAGUACUCGUCGAUCAGCGAUACAACCCGCUGCUUUCAGAUUCCGGCCUGUACAAGCUUCUCACUAAUGAUAUCGUUUUCUCUGCAUUAAAGGCCAGUGCUGCCAAGGGUUAUUUGGCUCCUGAGUACACAACUACAGGCAAAUUUACAGAGAAAAGCGAUGUGUAUGCUUUCGGGGUGCUUCUUUUCCAGAUCCUCACAGGGAAGCAGAAGAUAACUUGCUCGUUACGCCUUGCCGUGGAAUCCUUCAAGUUCGAAGAAUUCAUCGACCCGAAUUUGCAUGGCAGAUUCUUUGAAUACGAGGCUGCUAAACUCGCAAAGAUGGCUUUGCUUUGCUCCCACGAGUCUCCCUUCGAGAGGCCAACAAUGGAAGCCAUUGUUCAAGAACUCAGCAACUGUAGUAGCUGUCUCUGAUCACAGUAACCAAGCCGUUUUGAUUAUCAUACAAUCAAGAUAUAGCUACUCAUGGUAGUGACAUUGAUUCUGUGUCCUUAACUAAGGACUACCUUGUUCUGUGAAUGUCUAGGACAGUAGAUUGUAGUUUGUAGCCUGUUAUUAAGAAUUUCUUGAAUUUCUUUUCUCUAAUCAUAUGCUAUUUUGUCCAA